CUCCUCUUUCUUGUCUGCCACCAUCCCUCUGCUUGAUAUCCAUCUUGUCCUGAUCUGUGUACUGUUGUGUGGUUUUGCGUCCUCUCAAUCCGUCACCAUUCAUUCACGCCUACUCUCAUGUGCAAUCCUCUUUGGUUCUUUGCGUUUUCCAGCUCAGACAGAAAAACAAGGGAUCUUUUUCACUCAGUUUAUUUUUCGGAGAAAAAGACACCCUUAAAAGCCUUUUUUUUAUAAAUUGAUAGUUUGGGAGAAUUUCUGACUGAUAGAAGCGGGACGAAUGAAGACAGAGUCAGUCAUUUCAUUUAUUAUUUUACGCAUCAACAUUUGCACGUAGCCUGGAGAGGAAAAAACUGAAAACGCAUUGUGUUUUUUAAAAGAUUACUUAGCUUUGCGGACGGUGUCGCCGCGGUGGAGCGAGGGGAAUUUAAUAAGAGGAACUAAUCCCACAGUGUUAAGUUUGCUGAGGUAGGGUACCUGUCAGAAAAAAAUUGCGAAGAAGCACCGUGGAAAGCUAUACGCGUUAUUUCCAAGACACCAGCGCAACAAGCCAACACCAUUACACCAGCCUGCUGUGUGGAUGGCACACGGGUUGUCUUCUUCUGUUGAACUGGUGCAGGGUAGCCACGCUGUGACCAGGGUCCAGCUGAGAUUUGGGGCUUUCUAGCGAUAUGAAAGAUAAGUUCAUCUCCUGAGGCCAAACUUCCACACUGAGCUGACUCACUGAUAACUGCACCCAGAGACUCCAAGCAUCAUUACGCUGCCAUGUUUCUGCACAAGCGUAUCCUGAAUUUCACUCCCCCUUUCACCCCAUAUACGUUCAUCUCCUUUCUGCUGGUUCUGCUCCCAGGAGUCACUCAUUUCUCCCAGGGCAGUGCCAGCGAAGAAGAUACUGGCGGUACACCAGGCAACUGCUCCAGUACUGAUAACUGCACCGAUGGCGUGGUGCUGCCCAUGUGGAACCCCCAAAACCCUGCGGUGGGUGACAAGGUGGCACGUGCCAUCGUUUACUUUGCAGCCCUCAUAUACAUGUUCCUGGGCAUGUCCAUCAUCGCAGACCGCUUCAUGUCUUCUAUCGAGGUCAUCACCUCUCAGGAGAAGGAGAUCACCAUCAAGAAGCCCAAUGGCGAGACGACCACGACGACUGUACGCAUCUGGAAUGAGACCGUAUCCAACCUGACUCUGAUGGCGCUGGGCUCAUCUGCACCAGAGAUCCUACUGUCUGUCAUUGAAGUGGUCGGCCAUAAUUUCGAGGCAGGAUCUCUGGGUCCCAGCACCAUUGUGGGCAGCGCUGCGUUCAACAUGUUCAUUAUUAUCGCUCUCUGUGUCUACGUGGUGCCAGAAAAUGAAACCCGCAAGGUAAAGCACCUGCGGGUGUUUUUCGUCACUGCUGCCUGGAGCGUGUUCGCCUACAUCUGGCUGUAUCUCAUCCUGUCUGUGGUCUCCCCCGGAGAGGUGGAGGUUUGGGAGGCCGUCCUCACAUUCCUCUUCUUCCCCCUCUGUGUGCUGCAAGCCUGGAUUGCAGACCGCCGCCUGCUCUUCUACAAGUACGUCCAUAAGCGUUACCGCGCUGACAAAACCCGAGGCAUUAUCAUCGAGUCAGAGGGAGAUGCGAUGUUCACUAAAAUGGACUUGGAGAUGGACGGCCAGGGUAUGAACUCCCACACUCACCCCAAAGAGGCUCUGGAUGGGAUGCUGGAGGGGGUGGAGGAAGGUGGAGGGAGCGCGGAGCAGGAUCAAGAGGAAGAGGCCCGACGGGAUAUGGCUCGCACUCUGAAAGACUUAAAACAAAGACAUCCGGAGAAAGACAUGGAGCAGCUGAUUGAGAUGGCCAACUACCAAGUGCUGGUCCAUCAACAGAAGAGCCGGGCCUUCUAUCGCAUCCAAGCCACACGCAUGAUGAUCGGAGCAGGGAACAUCUUGAAAAAGCACGCCGCUGACCAGGCCAGGAAGGUGGUGAGCUGUCAUGAGGCCAGUGGGCAAGAGGAAGAUCCCAACACCAUCUACCUGCAGUUUGACCCCUCCCAUUACCAGUGCUUCGAGAACUGUGGCUCACUGAAGCUGUCAGUUUGCCGACGUGGAGGAGAUAGUGGCUGCACUGUGAAGGUGGACUACCGUACGGAGGAUGCGACUGCCAAUGCCGGCUCAGACUACGAGUUUGCUGAGGGCACUUUGGUCUUCAAGCCUGGUGAGACAAUCAAAGAGUUCACCGUUGGUGUUAUUGAUGAUGAUAUUUUUGAAGAAGAUGAGCACUUCUACGUGCGCUUGAGUAAUCCACGUAUCGUGCACCGAGCUGAGGUGUCCGUCUUGGAGCCGAGCUCCAUCACCUCCAGCAACAGCACCGUGGGUAUCUCCCAUGUUCCUCCGAAGGCAGGCCUGGGCCAGGCUCACACCGCCACAGUUACCAUCUAUGAUGACGACCACGCUGGCAUCUUUACGUUCGAGAAUAACUCCAUGAGGGUCAGCGAGAGCAUCGGCAACAUGCAGGUGAAGGUUCACCGGACGUCCGGAGCAAGGGGGAAGGUGGCGAUACCCUACCACACCGUCGAGGGAACCGCCAAGGCAGGGGAGGACUACGAGGAUGUGUCCGGCAAGCUGGAGUUUCAGAACGAUGAGACCAUGAAGCUGCUGAAUGUGAAGGUCAUCGAUGACGAGGAGUACGAGAAGAACAAGACUUUCACGAUUGUGUUGGAGGAGCCCAUCCUGCUGGAUGUAGGAAAGAGACACGGAGACACCAACGAUAACAAGACAUCAGUGGGACCAGAGGACGCGUCAAAGAUGGGCUGCCCCAUUCUAGGCGAGCACACCAAGCUGGAGGUGGUAAUUGAGGAGUCCUAUGAAUUCAAGAGCACAGUGGACAAGCUGAUCAAGAAGACGAACCUGGCUCUGGUGGUGGGGAGCAGCAGCUGGAGAGAGCAGUUUGUUAGUGCUGUGACUGUCAGUGCAGGUAACGACGACGAGGAAGAGAGCGGGGAGGAACGCUUGCCAUCCUGCUUUGACUACAUUAUGCACUUCCUGACAGUUUUCUGGAAAGUCCUCUUCGCUUUUGUCCCACCCACUGAGUACUGGAACGGCUGGGCGUGUUUCAUUGUGUCCAUUUCUCUCAUCGGCGUUCUGACAGCUGUGACCGGGGACUUGGCCUGUCAUUUCGGCUGCACCGUCGGUCUCAAAGACUCGGUCACCGCUGUGGUGUUUGUGGCCCUCGGCACAUCCGUUCCAGAUACAUUUGCGAGUAAAGCGGCUGCCAUCCAGGACCAAUACGCCGACGCCUCCAUCGGCAACGUGACGGGCAGCAACGCCGUGAACGUGUUCCUGGGCAUCGGGGUGGCGUGGACCAUCGCCGCCGUUUACUGGCAGAGCAAAGGCAAGGUGUUCAAGGUGGACCCGGGCUCUCUGGCCUUUUCCGUCACCCUCUUCACCGUCUUGGCGCUGGUGUGUGUCAUGGUGCUGCUCUACCGCCGGCGUCCCAGCGUGUCAGGCGGAGAGCUCGGGGGCCCACGGACACCCAAGCUCCUCACCUUCUUCUUCUUCCUCUCCCUCUGGUUCAUCUACAUCCUGUUGUCCUCCCUGGAGGCUUACUGCCAUGUGCCUGGCUUCUGAGACGGAGGGAAACACACAGACACGCCUCCUCUCCGUUUUUACAGUCUAUUGAACGUGUUAACUCUCUGUUUUUGUCUAUUUUCACAAAGGUUUAUAACUAUUUGUAUCAUUAGUUAUUAUUGAUACCGCACAAUAUUUGAUUGACUUUGAAUCUUUGGACUUUGGAACUUUGCUACCACCCACUUUGCUGUGAAGUAUAGAUUUAGCCACUGAAAUUAAACCUCUUCUCAACUUUUCUUCCUUUUUUUUUUAAAACACUAUGUUACACUGGACAUUUAUCUAAUCAUUGCUUUUAGCAUAAAUCCCAUCAAAUCUUAUGUCACUUGAAACGUUAAACUUCUGCCAUCAUAUCCUCUCUCUGUGUGGACAGUUAUUUGAGUUAUUAAGUGUUAAGAAAGCACAAGACUAAAGCAGUAUUUUGAAAGGUGUUGUAAAAUGAAAAAUCAAAGAUGGUGCAUGGGACGACAUUAUACUUGACAUUUGCAUAAAAGGAAAGACAUUCCUGAAGGUGAAGUGAGAUAUUUGUGUGUUGAUAUUUAUUACUCAAUCUAUACAUUAAUUAUUCAUUGUAUAUCAUGUAAAAGAUGAACAUUGUGCGUGGGAGUUUUGUGAAUGAAUAGGUGUGUUUAAUUUUGCACGUUAUCAGAUCAAGAGUUUCUGGUAAUCUAUUUUAAAGUACUGUAUGUAAUAUUUUGACAUGAUGUGUUGAUGUGUUACUGUACAUGUGAAUCACAGCUGUAUCAUAAUCUUUUCACUGCCUGGUCCCUUCUCCCACAAAGCUUUCUCAAUCAGUAUCAUGUUCGACAUAGCCAAGGUUAAAAAAUAAUUAUUUUUAGAAUACAAAUCAACCUGGAGCAGAGUGCCCGCUUUAAAUUGUACUAUAAGUAUACAUUCUUUAAGCACAUUUAGGUACGUAUUUUGGCGUGUGUGUGUGUGUGUGUGUGUGUGUGGUGUGUGUGCGUGCACAUCUGCUCCACAGCACAAACUGGCAAAAGACACGGCCCUGUUUUCUCAUUGACUCCACAAAUGCUAUGGGAGUAAGUGGCAACAACAAAAAAGUGCAGUCUGUGUACAGAUAGGAGAAGGACACCACUUCUCUUAUCUGUCAUGCUGAUAAUGUGACAUUUUUCAACAUCACUUUCAGAGGAAAGCACAGCCGAGAGCAAAGGGUCACUUUCCAGAUGAGUUAUUAGGUCCUAAUCAUAGCACAGGUCCAUCAUUUAGGAGGAAAAAUGUGCCAAAAGAGAAGACAUGUACAAUAUUUCCUGAGUGUCUCCUUGUGUCGCACAGCAGUUGAUAUUGAAGUUUGUUUUUUAUUUAACCUAGAAUCUGUAGAGCCAUAUUUAUUGUAACAGUAUUACAGUAGAGGUAUUUAUAUGAUCAAUUUUGGUUUUAUUGAUAUGCACGUUUAAUGUACAAAAAGUGGAAAUAAAUGUUGCUCAUUUAUGAUGCUGUAA